AUGGUCGAACGCGACGAGUACAUGCGAGAGGGCUUCGACCCCGGCUCGCUCACCAUGCCCCAGCUCCGCAGCAUCCUGGUCGAGCACGAGGUCCCUUUCAGCAGCGCUGCGAGAAAAGCCGACCUUGUCGAGCACUUUAACCAUGAGGUCCUCCCCAAGACCGCGUCCAUUCGCAAGAAGAAUGCCUCCAUUGUCGCCAGCUCCAGCGGCAUCAUCGACAUGCGUGACAAUGCAACUCCCGACCAGACCCCCGCAAAACGCAAGCCGGGUCGUCCUAGGAAGAGUGAGGUCGCAACACCUUCCGCGGCAGCUACCUCCAGAUCUCCUGCCAAGACUCCUUCCACCACCCGCACCCCGGGUCGCAAAAAGUCGUCCUUGCCCAGUCAGCUCGCCACAUCCACCGAAAGCGAAGCCGAAACCGACACAAAGGAAACCAAGUCGGAGCCUCAGGAGGUGGAAACCCCCGUCAAAAGGAAACCGGGUCGACCGCGCAAAACCGCUCCUGCUGUCAUUGCAACUCCCGCCGAUGCAUCCGAACCGGAAGACAGUGCAUCCAAGCGUCACGUCUCCUUUGAUGCCAACACCUCGCCACCUGCACCCAUCUCCCGCAGGGCCGGACGUCUCAGCUACAGCGGGACAAGGAGCGACGAAGACGGCACAUUUUCCGACACCAAUCCUUUCCAGUCUGGCAGCGAGGCUUCUCCCGCGCCUGGCAUCGCUGCCAAAGCUGCUGCGUCCGCACGGAAAGCGCGCCGUAAGACCACCGACGGCAGCUCGACUCUGCGCAAAAAGACUUCUACUUCGUCCCUUGUUGCUGACUCACCUCCUAAGCAGACGCAGCAAGCCAGCCCGAGUGUCGGCAGCACGCUGCGUAACUAUAUGGAUCAGGCUGUUGCCAAGACCACCCCUCCUCGCAUAAUCGGCCGUCUCACAGGUACAACCUCGGCCGACUCUACCGGUGGACAUGCUGCUGACGACGAAGCCACGACCAAACACGCCAAGCAGACAUCCUCAGCCGACUCGGGUGUGGAUGCAGCAGAUGGCGAUGAUGACGACGACGACGAUCUCGACCUCGACGCCUUCACUUCUCCUUCUGCGCUUGCUAAGAUGCGCAAUCUGCGGCGCCAGAGAGAAAAGCAGCGACGCCGAGAACAGCGUUCGGGCAAGUCGUUUGGCGACUACCUUCUUUCAUCCGUGUUCGCCCUUGUCGCUGUCACUGUACUCGCGUACACCGUCUGGUAUGCUAAAGAGACGCGAGCGCUUGGCUUCUGCGACACGGGCUCCGACACCAACUCAAUCGUCGAAGAUCGUCACCUUACAGCGCUGGCCUAUGCACAAGCCAACAACGAGACGCUCGACGACGUGACGCUCCUGCCCUCGCGCCUUCAACCUACAUGCACGCUCUGUCCCGCACACGCUGACUGCGCAUACGGCAAGGUGCUCGGUUGCUCGUCCGACGAUUGGGUCUUGCAGCCCAACUUGCGCUCGCACAUCCCGCUCGCCAAUACGGUGCUGCCCCUCAGCAUGACAGCUCCACGCUGCUAUCCGGACACGCAGAAGCUUGUGCUUGCCUCGGAGCUUGCGCAGGCCAUCUCGCACAUGCUCGCCGAGUUUAAAGGCGAGAUUGUGUGCGGCACGCAAAAGACACAUGCUACAGUGCGUAGUCUGCCGAAGAAGCUGGUGGGAGCUGAGGGCAACUUGACAUAUGCUAUUGCCGAGGGGGCGGUGAAGCGAUCCAUGUCGGCUACGAGGGAUGCUAGGGUGGACGAAGAGUACUUUGAGCAGAUCUGGUACAUGGCGCUGUUCGAGCUGACCGACCCGAGGAGCAACAUCGUGCGCGUUCCUGUUUCCAACGGCACCGUCGGUGAAGGCAGUGGGGAGGGAACGCAGUACUUCUUGGCUGCCAAGGAGCCCUCGCUGUCGCUCUCGUGUCGAUCACGACUCGCGCUCAAGGGCUGGGUCUUGCGCGCACGUCUCUACGUCUUCCUGGUCCUCACCGCCGUCUCUGCCCUGCUCUACCUGCGCCACCGACUGGCGGCAGCACGAGCAGAGAGCGCCAAAGUCGCCCUCCUCGUCCAAGUGGCGCUGGAAAAGCUGCAGGAGCAAGAGUACCUGCAUGGCCGCGACCCCGUGCUGCAUCCGGACGACUUUGUGCCCCUCUCGCACUUGAGAGAUCACGUGUUGAGCGAGGUGCACCACGCAGGCGCGCGGAAUCGGCUCUGGAAGAAGGUGGCGAGCGUGGUGGAGGAGAACUCCAACGUGAGGGUCAGGCAGGCGCAGAAGCGCGGCGAGUGGCUGAGGGUGUGGCAGUGGGUCGGCGUGGAGGGCUGGAGGGGAUACGAGGGCAAGGAGGCGGAGGAUGGGGUGAGGCCUGUAGCGUAG